CUCACUCCGUGACAUUGCCUUGUCACCUCCGCACCCACACCCAUACCCAUACACAUACCCAAACCAACGAGACCAACCCAUACCGCUACAUUGUCUGCACACCCAUCAUGCAAGGCAUAAGCUUGCAAGGCUAUUCAGGGCUUCGGAUCAAUGUGCCCAAGCAGCUGGGCCUCACUGCGCCAAAUGCGAGGACAUACACGGAGGAGUCGCCUUCUUGGAGGACUGGGGUGGAGCUGUGCGCCACGCUCAAGGUGGCGCCGGUCCCGUUUCCGCAUCGAAACGUGGUUGCGGUGCUUGCGGGCGAGGCGUACGCCAUGCCGUGGGGCAUCUCCAUCUCGGUCCAGGCCAAGUCGAACGCGGCGCAUCAGGCGGUGAUGAUGCCGGUGUCUACAGCGUCGAACUCGCUGGUGUGGAGCUACUCGCGUGAGGCGCAGGUGCUCUUCUACCACAUGCUGAGGUCGUUCCCGCGGCUGGUGUCGGUCAUCCAAGCCGGGGUGUAUGUGCCUGAGAGCGCGGCGGUGGCCAUUGCCAACACCAACCAGUACGUGUACGGCUUGAGCCAGGGUGAGGCGCAGGCCAUUUCGGCGUGGCUCUCGGACGUGGCCGGCCUCGAGCCGAUGUCUCUGCCGGACGCGGUCGUCGACAUGUGCCUGAGCCACUGCUCCUCGCUCGGCACUCUGGUCCCGCCGCUCACGCCGGACAUGAUGGACCACGACGCCAACGUCUUGCUCGACGAGCUGGCUGCCGAGGGCCUCACCCUGCCGUAUCAGUCGUUCUCGCCGGUCUCGUCGCCGAUUUUCGAGUCGCUGCCGUCUCUGACGCCGACGUCUGCGUCUGCAUCGUCGCCCGAGGACGCACGGAUGCGUGAGUUGUUUUCCGCGUUUUCCAACUCGUCGCCGACCUCGUCGUCGUGCGAGGUCUCGCCGCGGUCACCGUCGCUGCAUGGUAGCGGCCAUGGGGCGAGCCACAGCGGCGCGAGCUCUACGUCAACGUCGGCCCGCGACUCGCCGCUCAUCGUCCCGUCGCUGACCAACCAUCCAGCGGGCCUCGCCGCCAUCCCCAUUCCGGUCUCAGCCCGGGUCUCGUCGCCGCGGUCGGUUUCGCCGCGGUCGCCACGGAGCACCGGCUCGCCGCGGGUCCCGGACCGGCGCCAGAGUCUGUCCAAGGCGACGCGCGGGCUGAAGAUUUCCCGUUCGCCGCGGUCACCACGGUCGCCGCGGUCGCCGCGGUCGCCUGCAUCGCCUGUAUCGCCGGCGGGCACCGGAUCUGCGGGGCGGGCGGCACCUCCGGCGGCGUCGCGCUCGGCGAAGGCGGUCUCGACCGACCGCACGCUUGUGAAGAGCCCAAAUGCCAUUGUGGGCGCGUACUGCAAGCACGCCCGCUUUGCUUGUAUUAACGACGUGGUCCUUGCGCUCCUCGAGGAGUUUAUGCUCACCUCGCCCAAGUCGAGCAAGUCGGGUGGCAAGGCUGCCCGCAACGGGCCCAAGCGCGCGGCCAUCGGGCUCCGCGAGGUGCUCAAGCAGUCGCAGCGGUCGGCGGUCGCCGUCGUCCUCUUUGCGGCCGACAUCGAGGGCGCAGUCCGCGACAAGCUUGGCAAGCUCAUCGGCUCGAUUACCGAAGCAUGCGCCGAGUCGGGCACGCUGGUUGUCUUUGCGCUCACGCGCGACGAGCUCUCGCGGGCGCUCGGCAAGACGGGAAACAUCUCAUGUGUCGGCCUGCUGCACACGGCAGUGACUGCCGUCGACCUCGGCCCACUCCGUGCUCUCAUGGCCGAGGCGUAUGCGCAGGCUUGAGGGCGGCGGCGCGUACGCUGCUCAUUCGGCAGCAAAGUCGAAGACCCGGAUUUUCUUGUCUUUGCCAGCGGCAUAGACUCUCCUCCAGUCGAGGGCGACAGCGAGGACGCCGCCAGUGUUGGCCUUGAGCGUGCGGAUGCACGGCGGCGGCGCCCCGGCCAGGGCCCAGAUGCGAACGGUACCGUCGUACGAGCCCGAGACAAUCUUGGACUCGUCGACGGCAAGCGACGAGACCGGCCCGCUGUG